CAUGUUCAAUGACAUUCGUUCUGGGAAUAAUUGAUGGCGCCAAGGGAAUUAUUGAAGACGCAAAAGAAGGUGAGGUUCCAUAUAUCGCGUUAGUGAAGGUCCUGCAUCCACAUACCGGUGUUUUCGAGCCACUUUGUGCGGGUGCCAUCAUCUCGGAAACCGAAAUAUUAACGAAUGCAGUCUGUGCCGCAGCAUGUAAAGCUACGUACAAAUGUGAAGUGUACGUUGGACGAGUGAAUGUAAAUCAUGGUGGCAAAAAAGUGGAAAUCAAGGACACCGUGUGGCAUGAAUCUUAUGUUGAAAUGAAUGCAAUUUUGCCCGACACGAGGUUUGCCAAUCUCGUUCUUGAUAUCGGUAUUCUAUAUAUGUCUAGAAUUCCUUUAUCGGAAACCGUUAAAAUCAUUGCAUUACCACAAGAAAACCUUGAACGUAAAUCCGAUAUGCGUAUAGCUGGUUGGGGCAGUGGAUUUCUAUACGGUAUAGCGCAUCAUGAGAAGUUAAAAGUCGCAGUAUCCAGAGCAUACGAGACAUAUGUAAUAAAUAAGGAAAUUUUGGUAAUCAAAACAAUGGAGUUUUAUCCUCGUCCUUGCGUAUCUGAUAUGGGAGCCCCAAUAGUUUAUAUGAAUAACACUGUAUUAGCUGGAGUUGGAUCAUUAUGGACGUUCAAACUUUGUAAAAGAGAUGACACGACUCGUGCGUUCUAUACAGAUAUUUAUAAUAAUACUGAAUGGAUUGCAAAUAACAGGAACAAAAUCGUUUAAAAUGAC